ACCAAACACCAUCAUGUCUUCCACGAGAACAAACACAAAAGCAUCUUCCCAAUUUACUGCUUUAAACCGCGUUUUUUCUAUCCCUCUCGUCGCCUCGUCCAUAGAGAAAGUCGAUGGCACUCUUUCCACUAACCCAUACACACGUUCUUCAUACUGCACCGCUAAAGGUGUUUCAGGCGCCGCUUUCAAACUCGCGGAACCUCUUCAAGCUCCACUGGCACCAUUCAUAUCGCGAGCAGAUCAAUAUGCCAACAAGGCGGUCGAUCUCGCCGAGGCCCAUUACCCGUUUCCUAUGAAAGCCACGCCAGUGGAGGUCUACGAUUGGGUACGGGAGACGCAACAAUCUUAUGCCAACUACGCUACUCGCACUAUCGAUGAACGUGUCAAAAAUCCUGCUCUAUACGUUGCUCAAGGUAUCGAUAAGAGUUUCGCUCCGAUCGUCGAUGUAUUCGAAGAAGCUGUCCACCGUUUUGGAUCUCAUCCGAAUUCCCCCUCGUCUGAGCCAAAUAAUGACUCGCAAUCGCAGUACCAGUACCAGCGUGCACUUUCUCUUUCCAAGGCUCUCAGAUAUGAUAUCCAGCUCUUUUCCAAUCAGCAAUUCAAAGAUUUACAGAAUCACUCCGCACUCGUGCAUCGCUCUGUUGAUACCGCUCAAGCUAUUGUGUCGGCUGCGAACUCGUCCGUUGCAUUGGCUCAGGAUCGUGUACAGGCCCUUUCCGAUAUCAUGAUUGUGCAAAUACAGAACCUACGAUCUCAAUUACACGAGCUGGCCGGAACCCUUCAGUCAUCUGCCGCCGCCGCCUAUACCAACUCUUCCCAACAAAUUCCCGAGCUUCAGAAAUCAUUGCGGGACUUGCGCUCCGAAUUGCAUGAGAUAAUUGUCGCCAAGGAUGUCACAUUCCAAGAGAAAGCGGCGCGUGCUGGGAAUCAAGUGAAGGAGCGGGUCGCUCCGCUUCUAGAGAGUAUGAAGCGGAACAUCACAGAGUUUUCGGCAAAAUCUAAGGAUCAGACUCGUGGGGACAAGCCGCUUCGAAAUGGCCACUGAUAACCCAUUUUUGUUCUAGCCGCGUUGAUUCCACUCAUAGAUUAUAGACCUUAACUUUCUGGGACCUUUAUUGUAUAAUCCUUUUUCUGUAGUACGCCAUCGUUCGUUGAUCCGGACUGUUUAUCCCUUGUUGUAUCGUAGUUUCCAGCUCGGUCUUCUGCGUGUACAAGCCCUGUUCAGUGACCCCUUGUUUAGAGAAUUGAGUGUUUUCUCUUGUUUAUACCGAGGACCUGCUAAGUAGAACUACAGUAUUACUUAAGUUUGGUGCACUUGACGAGGCACAUAUAUGAAUAUGCGAACGAACAGAACCUCUUAACUCUCCGGGUCAAUGUCUAC